AUUCCUACAUUGUUUAAUAAUUAUGCGUUAUGUAGUUACUUUUCCGUAGAAAUGAUUAUUUGAAAUGUUUAUAAUAUUCGAUUUAUUUUAAUAAAACAAAAAAUAAAUGGAUACAUUGAAUUCAACAUUGAAUGAAACUAUGAACAACAACAUCAAUAAUGAUAAUAAUGAUGAAUUAGAUCCAUUUUGGAUUAGUACAUUAAUUCUCCUCGGUUGUGUAUCAAUUUUAGGCACCAUCGGUAAUUCCCUUGUAUUGGGUGUAUUUAUUCAACACCAUUUUUGGCCACAUUUACAUUUAAAAUAUCGACAAAUCUAUUUAAAUCAACAGUUGAAUCUAGCAACCAAUAACAGCACUGUGAGAUCUUCUUCGUAUUCUCAAAACACUAAUGGUAAUAGUAGUAAUAAUAAUAAUAAUUCUAAUUAUGACAAUUAUAUGCUACGUAUUCAUGAGUCAAAUGAACAACUCUUCACCAAAACAACAGGUACACCAACCUUCUUCAUCCUUGUUCUAGCUUGUAUCGAUUUAUUAGUUUGCUGUUUUGUAGUCCCAUUAACAUUCUACAUGGAAUAUGUUCAUUUACAACCGUCCACCGAUAUAUGUUGUAAAGCGCAUGCAUUUUUAAACAUCUGUAAUAUUAUGUUUAGUUCACUGUUGAUUAUUGCUAUCGCCUUGGAAAGAUACCUGACUAUUUGUCAUCCAUUACGACGUAUUUUAACAAUGAAACGUGCAAAAUACUUAACGUUGAGUUUAGCGAUCUUUUGUAUUCUCUAUGGGAUUCUCGGUGCUGUACAUCAUAGCUUAGGUGAAGCAGUGGAUCAGCCGGGAGUGAAACAAUGCCUGGAUACACCAGAAUUACCAAAUGUCACUUAUACGCAGAUAUUGAUGUUCGACAUUUUACAGAAAGGAAAUACAGCCAGUUUUAUUUUGUCUAUUCUCUUUGUAAUAAUCUUGUAUUCGUUGAUUCUCCGGGUGGUGAUUAAAACACAUCGGAUUAAUCGGCAUUCUUAUUCAUCAAAUCCUAGUGUAUACACCAUGAAUAUGCAUCAGUCUACACUGUCAGAGGUGAAUCAGGCAUCGACAGGUUUCGCAGCUGAUGUGAACAGCAAUAUUACAACAACUAAUAAUAACAAUAAUGAUAACCACCUGAUUCCUCACCGUAAAAGUAUCGCAAAUAAGCUAAGAGCACAUUUAUCUUUAAAGGGAUAACAGAGAGUACCCUGUGGCGAGAGCUACGAUCAGCUAGUGUCCUAUUUGUUGUCGCUGUCGUCUACAUAAUCGUCUUUACACCAGCUUUAUUGACAGCUAACAAACUGGUUAAUUUCAAUUUGUUAGCUUAUAAUACAUACUACUUAAAUAAUAUGUCCAAUCCUGUCAUUUAUUGUUUUAUGAGUCAUGCAUUUAGAAAAAAGUUAAAAAUUUUAUUAUUCAACGGGAUGAUCUCGUUUAAAAGUUAUCGGUCAAAACGUGACAUUUUUAUUCCACAUCACAACCAUCCUCAGCAGCGGCAGCAUUCAGUCAUUCAUCAAGACGGAAACAACAUUUUCGUGAAAGACAAAUGAAUGCUCAACAAUCGAAUAAUAAUAGUAAUGGUAACAGUAAUGGUAAUAUAAUAAAUAAUACAAUUCGGUGACGUACAGUAUUAUCAAUCGACGAUGAUAUUUAAUGUUCAAUGUUCAAUUAUUUUCAUUAUGAAUGACAUUAAAUAUGUUGACAAUUGAAAAUUGGAGAAAUAUAAACAAAACAAGGAAACAUUAUGACAAUUGAUUAAUGCAUCUGUCGAGUAAGUUAGAUGCAACAAUAUUGUACCAAAUGCUUAAAAUUCCAGUGUGUACAAGAAGUACUGUCAAUGUAGUUGAAGAUUGAACGAUCAAUUCAUGGUUGUUUGCUCAAAACCAACUUCCCCAACUUUCGCGGAGGCAUCAAUACGAUAGUCAUCGUCUCAUCGGUCGCUGUUCAGAAAGACGUCAGCAGAAAACCGUCAGAAGUAAUAUUGUGGUUUAUUAUUGUAAUAUUUGUUCACAGACCUUAGUGGUAACAUUUUUUAUAUGUUGGUGUUACAAUAAAGAAUUCUCGAGUGG